CGUGGAUUAUUUUGUUUAUUGGGAAAUGAACAGCUACUUUCUUAUCUGAGGGGAUAAUUCGAUUCACUCCAAAUACAUUUAUUUAAGUAGCAGCAAACUAUCUUUCAAUCAAUCACAAUGAGAACUGCAGAGGAGGUCACAGGAACUGUCCUGCAUCGACUAAUCCAGGAGCAGCUCCGGUAUGGGAACCCCACAGACACCCGUACUCUCCUUGCCAUACAGCAGCAGGCCCUGCGUAGGAGUGGUGGUGGUGGCAGCAGUAGUGGAGGAGGUGCUGGCAGCUCUCAGUCGUCCCUGGAGAGUCUUACUCAGGAAGAGCCCCAGUCCCCCAACAUGUCGACCCGUCAAGAACCCCAGGGCCAGGAGCACCAGGGUGACUACCAGCACUCAGAAAGCUACCAGCUCUACCACCACCAUGGUGAGGAGCUACCAAGUUAUGAGCAGGCAAAGGCUCACUCACAGCUCCUGGCUUCACAGUGGAGCUCUAGUGGCCAAGGACUCAAGGGCUGCUCAGCCUUAGAUGAUGGCAUGUACCCCUGUAAUGGAGAGGAACGCUGGGAUGGGAAACGUAGCCACGCGCGUUCACUUAGUGAACGCCUGCUGCAACUCUCUUUGGAGCGCAAUGAUGCCUCUGCCAUUAAUACCAAUCCUUCCUCAAUCAGCCCUUCCUACAGCUACCCACAGAUGCCUGUUUACCAUGGCAACCAUCAGGGCUAUGAGUACAACUUUCCUCUCAGCCACACUCAGGAGUAUGAGCAAAUUCACAGUCUACCACCACCACCACCACUUCUGUUCCACCCCCAGCACAGCAGGCCUAUGCAGUCACCAGAGGAACGCCACAUGCUCAACAGUGUGCCCCCUGCUGGCAGGGAGGUCCGCAACCAGGUGGAGCUGUUGUUGAAAGAGAAUGAGCGACUGAGACUGGAGCUGGAGGGCCACAGUGAGAAAGCCCUGAGGAUUCAGAAGCUGGAGCAGGAGAUCCAGAGAAUAUCUGAGCAGUACGAGACCCUGAUGCAGGGCUGUGCUAAGAGAGAGGCACUGGAGCAGACAUUGAAGAACAAACUCAUGGGCGAGAUCAAGAGAUUACAGGCCCUCAACAGCAGCCUGAAAGAGAGCCUGGAGAACACUAGCAAACAGGCAGCAAAAGAAGUGGAAACUGCUGAUCUCAACCAACACAUGAUGAUCAAACUAAUGGUGCAGAAUGAGGAGAAGCAGGCAGAGUGUGAGCGGCUGGAGAGGGAGAUCCAGAGGCUAAGGGCUGUGGAAGAGGAGCAGCAGGGCAGGGUUAAGAGUCUUGAAGAGGCACUGGGUUCUGCUCAGAUUCGUAGCAAGCAGCUCCAGGAGGAGCUGCGCAGGAAGACAGCGUACGUGGAGAGGGUCGAGCGGCUGCAGGGUGCGCUGGCCCAGCUGCAGGCUGCGUGUGAGAAGAGGGAAGGCUUGGAGCUGCGGUUACGCACUCGCCUGGAGCAGGAGCUACGCAGCUUGCGAGCACAGCAGAGACAAACACAGGCUGCAGGCAGUGUCUCUGGCUCCUCAGUGAGUGUGGCCACUCUGCAGGAACAUCUGAGGGAGAGGGAGGAGCGCAUCUUGGCCCUGGAGGCCGAUAUGACCCGAUGGCAGCAGAAGUACCUAGAGGAGAGCACCAUGAGGGAGUUUGCCAUGGACGCUGCCGCCACAGCAGCUGCACAGAGAGAUACAACCAUCAUCAAGUGUUCACCGUGCCAUUCCACUAGCAGCAGCUUCAAUGAAGACCAGCCCUUUGUAGACCACAGAAACCAGGAAAUGGAGCACAGGAUUCGUGCUCUCUACGCGCAGAUCCUUGAGAAAGAUGCUGUGAUAAACGUGUUGCAGCACAGGCUUCACCAGGAGCAGGAGAAAAGUGGAGACACAACCACCAGCUUGCAUCCCUCUGGCUCUGAGCCCCCCGUCAAUGCCUCCUCCCGUUCCUCCCACCCAGUCCUCACUCGCACCUUUGGCUAUGGCAAAGGGAAGAGACACUCAGAUGAUCAGACAGCUUUUGCGUCAACUCACAGUGCGAUCCUGUCUGCGACCCCAAGCAGCCAGGACAGCAGCAGCCAAGCAGACGAGACCCUUUCGACAUCUGCUGUUACCACAGAGCAGGCCUCCAGCACAAAGCCCCUCCAUGGCAACACCCAGCAACAGCAACCAACACCACCAUGCCAGACUGAGGACCCACUGAAGGGUGUGGACAAUGUGGAGGCCGACGCAGUGGAGAUAUUCAUCUGA